AUGGGAGGCAUCGCCCCAAAGAACGAGCACACGCGAUUUUUGUUGCCGCUGAAGAACUUCCAAGAUGUUCGACUGCCUCACAGGAGGGGGCGAACGACGCUGCCGCACCCAAUGGCGAUGUCCGCAAAACAGGCCUUUGCCACCCAGUAAAGCCCCAUGCAUGGUGCUAGAACACACAUUGUGGGUGAUGGUUGUUCCUGAGGUGGAUUAUGCCAUCCUUACGAAGGCUACUGCGGUAGUACUCAUGUGUGGUUUUGAGCUAUGCAAGUGCGCAAGUGCGUGGCCGUCCAUCGGUCAUUUGGAUAUUCGGGGUAUCUCCUGUAGCAGAAUCUUUGGCAAGUUGUCGCGCGUUCCCUGCUGUCAUGUGUUCCGAGUUCCGAAUGCGUCUUGCGACUGUUGCUCGCGUGUCUCGGUGUUUGUGAUGCACCCGGGUGCUCACUCUCUUCCGUUGCUUGUGUCAACGAGGACAACCAAUGAAACGACUUGACCAUCUGUUCACAUUGUCAACCGGGACAACCGUGCUCAUCCAGCAGCACUCGGCUUGGGGCCAAUCAACACUCUAGAGUUGAGGCGUUAACGCCAUAGUCUAGUGCGGGAGACACACAUGUCUUCGGAAGACUCUGGGAACUCUGGCGGGGGCGAGGCCGGCCCGACUCAUGAGGAGCUUAGGACGGCCAUCGACGACGCCGUGGGCGACGCCAGCACCAGACGGAGAAGAUGAUGACGGAGAAGCUGGAAGGCAUCGUGAACACCUUGUCCCGUUUUGUACCCGGGGCACCGCCCGCCGGAAGUGCGACCGCAGCGGGCGGCGGGGGGGAGUCACUGGGGAGGAUGCACGCCUUCCCUGGCGCGGGUCAGUUGGACUACGCGCCGAAUACCGGACGAGGGCUCGAGGGAGCGAGAGGGCUGCGAGGCCCGGAACCACGAGGAGAACCCACGCCAUCCGAGGGAGCCGUCUCGCGAGAAGGCUCCCACAGUGAGCAGACCGCAUGGUAUGCUUCUAACUCUCACGCCCGAAUCCCUCGCCUGAAGCAACUCAACUUCGACGGACACGAAAAAAACUGGACGAUUUUUAGGAAUGACUUUAUGACGCAGGUUCCAAACAUGCGGAAUGGGUAACGCGCUAAAUGACAACAGGGACAUCGUGGUCCAAGGGAUAGAUGAUGAGGGUAUGGUAGGGCAGGGAGUGAGAGUAGAGGAGAUUGGCAUGUAUCGGGAUCUGUGGGGGACGCUGACCGGAGCGAUCUCUGACAACACCACCAAAAUGAUGGUAUACGGUUAUAAGGGACCCUCGGCGGCAUGGCGUGCGUUGGAAGAGACAUUUUCCCCGUUGACUGGCGGCGAGCAGAUUUCACUGAUAGGCGAUUUUUUCAACGCCCGACAAGGGAAGAACCAGUCCACCCGAGUGUUUUACCAGGAGUUUAAAUUCAUAGUGACCAGCCUAGAGUUGGCCUUUGACCAGCCCAUCCCCAAAAUGCUCGUCUAUGCAAGAUUCCUUGACGCGCUUACCGAAGAUUUCAAGGUCCAAAAGC